AUGCCUCUACUCGUGACGUCAUCGCGCUCCUCCGGGUGGAGAGCACGUUUGUGAAACAGACAACAGAAGAUGAGGAGACAUCUGACUGGAGGCGCGCUGGACGGACUUCUGCUCAUCUAGUCAUGCCGAGUCUGCACCGCCCCCUGGUGGUCGUUUGGGUGUACCUCCUGCUGCCCGGAGGCCGGAGCAGCUUCUAUGGGUUCAACAAUGGCUUUCACUACCAGGAUAUCAGCAACAGGAAUGGGAACGGAGAGAUCUACUUCAAUGGGAUCCGUCUUCUUGUGGAAUCGCCCCAGUCUUCAGUGUCAGGCACCAGGGGCAGCAGCGUCACUCUCCCCUGUAAGUACCGUUACGAGCCUGAGCUGACCGCGCCACGCAGGACCCGCGUCAAAUGGAGCUGGUUACCUGCUAACGCCAUCACAACAGCUGUUUCCUCUGAUGCCUUCACCACGGAAACCGAGGUGAUGGUCGCCAUGGGCAACCGUCACCGCAGCUACGGCGGCUUCCGGGGCCGCGUACGACUGCGGCGCUCAGCUCCAGGAGACAUGUCCCUAGUCAUCAAUGAGCUGCAGCUGAAUGACACUGGGCGGUAUCGCUGUGAGGUGAUCGACGGCCUUGAAGAUGAAAGUGUGACCGUGGAGCUGGAGCUGAAGGGUGUGGUGUUCCCCUACUACUCCAAGAAAGGACGUUACCAUUUUAACUUCUUUGCGGCCCAUCAAGCAUGUCAGGAUCAGGAGGCCACUCUGGCUACAGUGGAGCAGCUUUUCUCCGCUUGGGAGGAGGGCCUUGACUGGUGCAAUGCAGGAUGGUUGGCGGACGGCACAGUGCAGUAUCCUAUCACGGUGGCGCGCCACAGCUGCGGAGGAGAGGACCUGGCUCCUGGUCUGCGCAGCUAUGGUCAACGGCAUCGUUUUUUAAACCUUUACGACGCUUUCUGCUUCUCUGCGUCUACGAAGGGGAAUGUCUACUUCUUAAAAGAUCAGAAGAAGCUCAACUUCACUCAAGCAGUCCAGGCCUGUGUUAGGGAUGGAAGUCAAAUUGCCAAAGUGGGUCAUCUAUAUGCUGCAUGGAAGCUGGCGGGAUUUGACCGCUGCGACGCAGGCUGGUUAGCUGAUGGAAGUGUCCGUUAUCCCAUCACCAAGGCUCGUCUUAACUGUGGUCCACCACAACCAGGAGUGCGCAGCUUUGGAUUCCCCCCUCUGCAUCGGAAAUUUGGUGUCUACUGUUAUCGUCAGCCAUUUUUAGAGAACAAAAAGUAAUUCUGACAGUGAACUGUUUUAAAGCUGCACUGACAGUGAACUGUAACUGCAGAGAGGACAAAUAGAAGGAGUUGGUUAAUUCUAUCUGAUUUAAAGUGACAGUAACUCUUUUUUCUCACUUUUUCCUUAUCAUAAUUUAUCUUCUAUUAAUUGUGUCAAACUAUUCAUACAUUCAUCAUAAUCAUUGACUGUAUAUGUAAACUAGAAUGAGUGACCCCUACCCCUAGGGUUACAAAUAGGAAGUACCCACUGGCUCCAAGAAGCCAGACUCCCAUAGACAUCAAUGGAGAAAUAAACAGCUAUUACUCUGUCAUAUUUGUCAGAAUAACCAUUCUUGAUCUGAUACCUUUUUUAACUUGUUCCUAAUAAUCCUAACUUUUGUCAUAAUAUGUUUACUGCAGUGCAAGUUAUUCAAGUUAUUAACUGACCAAUCAGAUGCAUUCAAAAUAUUUUAAUUGAUUGACAGAUUCUCCUGAGCCCGCUUUUAAAUGGAUUUGAAGGGGUGUGGACUUCCGACAAGCUGAUUGGCGAGAGUGGUUGCCAUAGCAAUGUUGACUCAGACCGACUUGGACCAAUCACUGCUUAUUGACGUAGUCUGGCGACAAUUUUGCAGCAUAAAUAUAGCAAAUAAAAGGCAACUAAGGUAGUGUGGUUGAUGAAGGACCCAAAAUGCAGAAACGGGAGGCAGGUGGUUCCAAGAAAAAAGGGAUUAAUUCACAUAAACGAAAGUGCUGCCGAGCAGGGAAACCAAACAGAACCAACUCUCUGUGUAACCAGGUAGACAUGGAAGAAGACAACAUGGACCAGCACAGAGAAAGGGAGAGACAAGACAUAUACAAACAGGACUGACAAGACACAGGUGAAAACAAUCAGAGGAGAUUGGGACCAGGGAAGUAAAACUCAAAACUAAGACAUGCAGGAAACCUUCAAAAUAAAACAGAAAGCAGAACUAAGGCAUACACAACUCUAAUCAUGACUGUAACAAAACAGUAGGCAAGAAUUAAGGCAAAAAAAAACCCCAAUCAUGACAGCUACAUUGACUAUUGAUUGGAGCCACGAGUGGGAGUAAGCCAAUUUUUUUGUGGGUGCCGUCACACUUACUCAGUCCAGUUCUCAUGUACAGUCAAUGAUCAUAAUGUACCACAUGAACAUCAGACCCGAUGUAAUCUGAACUGACUUAAAUUCAAACCUGUAACUUUUUUUAUGUUAUCAUCCUUUCUUUGAAAACCCUAAAACCACAGUUUAAAACCUCUGAGUUUGCUCUCAUUUAGAGCAUCUUAGUAUCAAGAGAAGUUGAUCAAUAUGUCAUGUGUUGUUCUUUUGUUCUAUUGUGGGGUUUUGUCCCAAAGCUGUUGGAUGGACUGGAGAUCAUGGUGGAGAAAUGACCGUCAGGUUCGUGCUGCAUGAAAUCCACACAGAAAAUAUAUAUAUUUUUGUAUGGAUCUGUCUGUCAACAAGAUCAGGUUCUUACUGUUAAAUGUAUGACACAUAAGAUAAGAUAAGAGAUAAGAUCAAACUUUAUUCAUCCCACAAUGGGGAAAUUCUUUUUAUCUCCAGCAGCAAAAAAAAAAAAAAGAACAUUCAGAAGUACAAACAGCAAACAGAAAAUAACUAAGAAAAAAUACACAGCAUAAGCAACUGUGGAAGAAUAAAAAAAACUACUGAAAAAUAAAGACAACAACAGUUUACAAAAUAAGUUAAAUGAGUGAAUGAAAAAACAAAACACCAAAACACAGAGGGUCCGUGGAGUGUCACUGUAACGCGGUGUUGUACAGUCUGCUGGCUGUGGGGAGGAAUGACCCGCGGUAAAGCUCCUUCUUGCAGUGUGGGGGCAACAGUCUCGUGCUGAAGGAGCUGGUCAUAACUGAACAUUUUAACACAACUAACAAGGCAACUCAUCGUGUAUUAAUUCUUUGUACAUUCUCAUUUUAGAGGUCUCUUACAAUAAAGGAGAAUUUGAUCCCAGAUGAGUUUAUUGUUUUGUGGUAUUUUUGUGCCCUUCCAUUGUAUAUGUGGGGUUUCUGCUGGGAAAAAAUAUGCAUGUCUAUAGUGGGUCUUUGAUUCCACAUGGGUUUCACAAGUAAAGUCAGUGCAUUCAUGUUUUGCAGACAUUCAGACUCCUCCUCACCUUCCAAAAAAAGGGAAAACCUCUAAAGUCUAAAGGUCUGUUGAUUUCUUGAAGAGUUCAGGAUCGUCAAACACUCAUGUAUGUUGUUUCCAGGGCACGCCUACCAACUGAAUGUUAGUUAUUAGAAUAGUUUUGAAGUUUAUGCAAACGAUUCCUAAAAUAAUUAUUACAAGUGUGGAAUCUUUCUUUGGGGUUUUGUCCUGUUAAAGCAAUCUUUGAAAACAUUUUUUUUUAUUUGUUUAAGACAAUUCAUAGCUGUCAGAUCUAAGUGUCCUUAGAUCCUAUCCUUCCAGUACUUUGUACACAUUUUAUAUACAACAAACUAUGAAGCAUACAUGUUUCCUCUGUUUUAGUCAGAGUUCUUCAAAGUGCUAAUGUUAACUGUUACAUAAGAAAUGACAAAUGCUCUACUCUUAGACUUUCUGCACUAAAAUCCCAGACUUUUGAGCAGCAUAAGGGCACCUUGAUGUUUCAAGGGAGUAGAAAUUCCAUCCCCUCAUUUUUCUCUCAAAUCUUAAAUGCCAACUUGUGAUUGUUCUCUGAUUAGAUUAGAACUGCCAUGGAGUCUUGGUCCAGUUUAAACCAGUGUCAAAUAUAUUACGUCAUGUGAAAUGUGCUGUUUUUGAAUGAUAACUAAAUGGUUGUCAGCUUUAUUCUAAAUUCUUGUAAUAUAUAAGCUACAUUGUUUACAUAGGUUGUGGAAGAGGUGACUGUUCCAUUAAACAUAUAUUAGUUUGUCAUUGUUCUUAUGCAUUUGUACUGUUUUCCACGGAGUAAUUAAAGCACUACAGUACUCUGCUA